CAAAACAAAGAAGAAACGAAAGCACAUGUGACAUGACAUGACAUGAACAUGAUUAUUUGAUUAGUCAGCUUUCUUUGCCAAAUCUGAAUUCGACGUUUUAAUUACAGACUUCUCUUGUCCAAGUUCCUCAUUCGUGCUCCAGAGUUACUUCAUCAAAUUUCGUAUAUUACUCUGUUAUUGUUGCUCUUUGCUCUACAUACGGAUUCUUAUAGAUUAUAUGAUGGCGGGAGAGGUUCAAGAGCCAUUUAACCUAAGCCUUUUGGCGAAUUCUAUCCACUCGGGAUCAGUAUCAUUUGGAAGAUUCGAGAAAGAAUCUUUAUCAUGGGAGAAGAGAUCAUCCUUCUCUCACAACAGAUAUCUAGAAGAGGCUGAGAAGUUCUCUAAACCAGGCUCUGUUACUCAGAUGAGAGCUCAUUUCGAGGCGCAUUUUAAGAAGAAAGGGAUUCGGUUUCCGAGUUCUGUUGAAGCUCAAACAUGGGGUGAAGUUGUUCAUCAUCAAACUUGUACUGAGAAAGAUGAGAACACAAGUCAAUUUGGUGAUUCUUGUGUGAGUUAUGACGAGACGAUUCUUGUGAAUUCUGAUGAUGAUGUUGAUACUUCUAUUUCUGUUGCUUUGGAGAAAACUGAAAUUGGCCAGAGUGAAGAUGAAAAAGAAACAUCAUCUUCUUCCUCCGCAACUAGAUUGAAGCCUUUGAAAAAUGUCCACAAAUCUGUUCCUUGUUCCGCGACCAAAGCUUCUACAAAGAAGCAUGUUAUCAUAGCAAAGGGAUCUUCUCCAAGUUGUAAUACUAAAACCAGUAUUGACACUAAGAGACAAAAGGAGUUGAAGCCUAAGAGGGUAGUUAAAACCAUAGCAUCUCAAUCUCCAACAACAUCAAAGAAAUCUGAGAUCCUAACAACUCCUUUGGUGGCUACAAGAGAAAAGAGAACAACUACUAAUGGUUUCAGUUUCAGAAGUAACGAACGAGCCGAGAAGAGGAAAGAGGAAAAGGUAAAAGCUGUAGUGCCUAAAGGUCAUAACUUAAAAGCAAGACCAUUGCCUAAAAGCACACAAACUAGACCUCAACACACGUCAACAGGUCAGGCAAAGGCAAAGGCAAAAGCAAGAGAUGAUCACUCAUAUAUAGCUAGUUGUGAUCGGUCAUUGGCAAAUGGAAUGGCCAAGAGUAAGCUCAUUAUUAACAAACAGAAGGCGGAUAUACAGAGGAGUCUAAACGGAAUUCGACCAAAGACAAGCGAUCAGACCGCGAGAAACAAUACACACAGAAGGAGUUUACCGGUUAGGCGUUCUGCGGUUGAGGUUGCUUUGUGAGCUAUUCAAUGUCUCUGCUUUUGUUCUUUAGAUUCAACUUCGGCCGUAAUUAGUAGUACUAUGGCCUCAAUUGGUUCUUUGUGUUUUUGUUUCUAUGCUGUAAUGAGUAGAAUGUUAUAUCAUAGAAACGUAAAAUACAAAUAAACAAUCAGAACCUAUGUAACCUUGUUUUAGAAUCACCAUUUCACCUAUAAAUUUCUAAAAGCUUAUUACUAA